GUGCACCCAUUUACGUGUCUAGUUCAAUUUGACUCGAUGAGAGAGGGGUUUUUACCAAAUUAAAAGCAAGGUAGUCUGUCUAAUGGAUAGGCAUUUGGCUUUUGGGUAGCAGAGCAGAGCAGCUAUGGGAAGGGUGUUUGUGGUGGAGGUGGAAGGCAGGUCUUACAGAUGCCGAUACUGUCAUACCUCUCUUGCCCUCACUGAGGAUGUCCUCUCUCGGGGUUCAAUUAAGGGAGCAUUACACCAUAUCUGUAACAACUUGGGUCUGCAAUGUACAAUAUUGUGUGCUUUGCCCACCACGAGCAACGCACAUGCCCAUACACGUACGUCCACAUGGGAAGUUCCAAAGUCUAUACUUGCCUUGCUGGUGCCUCUACUCCUUUGCCACACCAGCCUUUACGGGACCAUGUCUUUCAGUUGCAAUCACGGGAAAGCAUACCUUGUCCAUAAAGUGUGGCUUUUGCAUUUGUUUGCUUUGCUCUUUUCUCUUAUGUAUUUUUUCUCUUGGAGGAGGCGAAGGCUUGUUUGCUCACUGAAUGAUAUUAUAGAUUCAUAGGCCAAAUUAAAGUGGGAAUGUUCUUUCUAUUCACAUCUAUUAGGCAAUCAUGGAAUGAGUCUUUCAUAUUUAAAUGUUGUAUUUCCUCUACAAAUAGAAAAUUGAAGUUUUGAGUUGGAGCCUUAUAAAAGAGGUUUCUUGAAGAAUGACAAAGGCCAACAAGAACAGGAGCUCAAUAAUGCAGUCAUACAAAAACAAUGUCUCCUCUCCUCUCCUCUCAUCCUUUUUUUUCCCCUCACAUUGGUGUUUGGAUAAUGGAUUUGGGUAGGGAUUUGGAAAGGGAAAAGGUGAGGGAAAUGUGAAUAAAACACAGGUUAGAGUUGGAUUCCUUGAGAAUUUUUCCCCCUCUUGGAACACUAGUUAAUUUCAGGAAAAAACAUACCGUUUUGUGUAAAUACUUUUAUUACCCGUAACUUUUACUACAUACAGUAAAAGGACACCCCAGAUAUUAUACUGCAACUCCUAUGGAUUGCCAUUGUAAAACUUAAGCUUUUAGUCUUUUAUGAUUUUUCACUUAUAUUAGAUUUUUGGUUUGUGCUUUCAUCUGUAUCACAUUAUAUUUGAUUUUUGUAUAUCAGACUUUACUCACAUGUCUUGUGGCAUUUUU